AGAGAAAAGAUACUUUAUUAAACUCCCUGAAUUUCUUUCUUCCACGAUUGAGAACAGACUGCACAAUAUCUAAUUGUACUCCAGAUGAUCUGAAGCAUUUUCUUGUUUGGAAGGAUGAUUUUGGCAAGACACCAGUACAUAAGAUAAAUUGUAUAUUUUUGAGUACUAAAGAAUUGGGAAGUUGUAAGUGUCCAAGACGAUUAGCAGCUGGGACAGUAGCAGUGAUGGUGCAAACUUUAUUUGAGGUUUUUAACAAAAGUGGUCGUGGUAAAUUCUGGGAUGAGAAAAAUGUUACAGGUAACCCUGCAGCUGCACAUUGCAUCAAAGAAUAUGUGAAACUUAUUCAAGAAGAACAAGCUGCGGCACAUGUGGUUCCUAAGCAAGCAAAGCCAAUUUUUCUAGGGAAAGUAAGAAAAAUCACUUCAUAUAUAGAUAAUGAAUUAGAUCGGGUUGAUAUUUCACCAAGGGAAAGAUAUGUGCUUCUGAGGGAUCAGGCUUGGGUGAAAUUACAAUUUUUUGGAGGAAAUAGGGCAAAUGACUUGGCAAUGCUUGUAGGACAGGAGAUAAAGCAAUUGGAUGACAAUUCUGGUUUAGUAAUAAAACAAACAUUUGGGAAAACUCUAAGAGGAAAGAAACAUAAAGCUCAUGUUUUUGUUAUAAAGAGAUGUAGAGAUAAGGCAGUUUGUCCAGUGAUUGGUUUGCACAGGUAUGUUCAAGGUUGUAAAAGUAUGGGUGUGGAUCUGGCAAAUGGUUUUCUUUUUCGAGUUGUUUUGGAGAAUGGUAGAGUCAUAGGUCAAAGAGUGACAUACAUGUAUUCAGUAAUGUAUGAAAGAUUAAUUCAGUAUCUCUCUUUGUUAGGAAUAUAUGAUGGUGAGACUCCUCAUAGUUUCAGAGCGGGAUGUGCUGUGACCCUAGCUUUGUCUGGGUCAGUUGACAAUGUAGGACAAAUUAUGAACCAUGUUGGAUGGUAUGGAGAGGGAACUGCGGAAUAUUACAGUAGAUUGCCAGCAUUGGUUGAAUCGGACUACAUAGCAGGUAGAUUAGCAGAUAGUGCAGGUCAAUGUGAUUUUGUGGAAGAUCAUUUUCAACAAUAUGGGGAUUUCAGUAUGUUACAGAAGGCUUUUCAGUAAGAACCUACCUCUAAGGUUGUUUAAAUUUGUCAGCUGUUGUAGAUUGUAAUGAAUAUUACAUAAUUCUAUAAGGUCAGAACAAUGAGAACAUAUAUGUAAAUAUAUUGUAUUGUUGAAGGAACAAUUUGUAUGACUUUAAAUAUAAAUUCUCUUUCAGAUAGUCAAUGUAUCACAA